GCGCGCGGCGCCGGCAGCCCGGCGGGACAGCGCUGCCGCCAUGGCGGGCGGCCGGGCCCCGCUCCCGGCCCCGCUCCCCGCCCCGCUCCGCGCCCUGCUCCGCGCCGCCAACGCCCUCCUGCAGCAGCGCCGCUACCGCGCCGCCCUCGCCGUCCUCAAGGGCUUCCGCAACGGGGCCGUUUAUGGAGCAAAAAUUCGUGCCCCACAUGCCCUGGUGAUGACUUUUCUGUUCAAGAGUGGAAGUUUAAGAGAGAAACUGAAGUCGAUUGCUCAGGCUACGUACACCCACUCCAGGAACUUGGCCUAUUUUGUGUUCACCUACAAGGGGCUGAUGGCCCUGCAGUCCCAACUGCAGGGGAAAAAAAUUCCAUUCCAUUCUUUCCUUGCAGCCUGCAUUGGAGGUUGGCUAGUGUUUGGUGAGAACAAUCCCAUCAACAGCCAGAUCAUCAUGUACCUGCUGUCCCGCAUCCUGUUCGGCCUGUCCCGCCUGGCGGUGGAGAGAGGCUACAUCCCACAGCCAAAGCAGGAUCCCUUCCCUCUUGUGGCUGCUCUGACCUGGGGGACAGUUCUCUGGCUCUUUGAGUACCACCACCAGACCCUGCAGCCCUCUCUGCAGUCCUCCAUGACCUACCUGUACCACGACAGUGACGUCUGGCACGACGUGUCUGACUUCCUCAUCUACAACAAAAGGACAGACAGCAAGUAGGUGGCUCCUGGGAAAACACCUUUGCCUGGGAUGGUGCCUUCCAGCAGCUGAGGGAAAGGGUUAUACUCUAUUGCUCUUGACUGGUGAUUGGUUUGUUGGGUUUUUUUAAUUAACAUCUGUCAAGCACAAUUGCUUAUUGUGGCCAGGCCAGAAUGGUCUGAUCAGUCUUGGCUCUGUGUAGAGCAAGUAAAUCCCCCAAGGAAAGGUGCUGCAGUUCUCUGAGAGUAAAAUGCUGUGAGAAUCUUCAGUUAAAAGAAGGCUUUUUUAAAAAAAAGAGGCCUUAUUUGCCCUACAAAUAUGUGGGUUUGUUUUUUAAAAGAAACUCAGUGUAGUUGUAAAAUGACAGCCUGACAGUAAGUGGGGAGUAUAUCUAAUCAGGGAAAAGGUGUUCUAGGGUUUGUCUGCAUCCUCACAGGACAGGAGUGUUUUUCUGUGCCCCCUGAGGUGUGAUGGGACCUGCUCAGGUCUGAAGGCAGGGGUGUAACUUCUUGAUUUAUGUGGGUGACUGGAAACCUUCCUUAAGCUACUGCAAGGACAGUUGUGUGCUCCUUGAGAGAGUUCCUCUGCAGUUUUCCCUCAGGGAGAGAAUAAGGUGUUUGAGAAUCAAACUGUUAAGUUUCUCUGGUCAAAGCCUGGCAGAUCAGGCUCAGAAGGACAAUUUUUGCUCGGUUUCUUUCAUGCACUUGGGCUUAAUCUAUCCAGAUGCAGAGUGUAGGAAUUAAUACCCUCUGUUUGUUUUAAGCUUGUUUGUAAAGUUUUUAAAAGCUGCUUGAACUAAAUACCAAAACCACUUGCAUAAUUGAGACUCCUUUGGAAACAGGCUGGGGCACAGGGCACGCCCUCAGCUGCCACACUGGGUGCUUUACACCAGCAGCACUUUGAACAAGCACUUUAAUUUUGGGGCAAGAUAAGCACAUGGGCUUCUCCUAGGUCCAGAAUCUACCCUCCACAGCAGUGACAUGUGUGAGCUGUCAUCCAACUUGGCUGUGUGUACCUGUAGUAGAGCCAGGUUGAGCCCACAGAUGAACAUAGGAGUGAAUCUUCCUCUUAAAAACACACUGCUGAGCCCCAGGAGGAGUGCAGCACACUCUGGGCUUGAAGGGAAGAUUGACUGGAUAGCUGAGAAGGAACAAAAACUGCUUUAAAUUGAAUAAAAUCAAACUGCUAAUAGUACAAAACACUUACACUGCCACAUAACACUAUAACAUUCACUUAAUGGUGUUCAUUAAAAUAAUUCCUGACAAACUGGUUUUCUGGGGUGAUGUUGCAAGAGAGUCAGUGAGCACCCUGGGGUAACCAUUCCCUUUUGUCUCAAUCAGGAAUACUUUAUUUGCUCCUUGUGUACCUCUCAUUUCAAGAAGGUUAGUUCUCCCUGUACCCAUCUGCUUUUCCAUCCUGAGCUGACCUCCUGAUAAUCCCACUGAUGUUGUUCUUCAUCCUUUGCAGUCUCUUUUCACUCCAGGCUCUAGCAGUUUCUUGUGUUUAGUGGUACAACUGAAACAGUACUGAAAAGUUCCUGUAACUUCUGAGUUAAAAAAAAAUAAUCAUCAUGAUUUCUUAAGUCAUUUUUCCUUGUCCUCCUUGUCCUGCUGUUCUGCAUCUUCUGAGUGCUGCUUUGCUCUUUAUUUUUCCAGUCCCUGUGUCAGCAAGUGGGAGAGUUAAGGCUUGUCUGUCUGGUGCUGUUGGAGGUUGAAUCAUGUUCUGGGUGUCUUGGGUCAAGUAGGAACAGAAUCCUCUGGCUCUGGUACUGAAUCUAAUGCUGAAUCUGACUACAUUCACUGUGAGAUCUCACCAUUCUUUUACAGCAGAUCUUAUAAACAAAUUUAGCAUCUCCAAGUAAGUUGUUUUUUACAUUUGCUUGAUCAGAGCAGUAAAUGAAGCAGGGCAUGGCAUCAUUCCUCAAAAUCCUGACAUAGUAGCUGUCCAUGGCACCUCCAGCUUCUGACAUCACCUGCUGUUACUGUUUGUACUGGAUCCUUGAAUUUGAACACCAAUCCACAUUGAAUCAGACAGAGCCCAGGAGAGCUGUGGAAGUUAGGAACUGAUUUCUUUUCUCAGGAGUGAAAUAUUUUGUUUGGUUUAGAGAAGCCUAAAAGUUCAAGUACAGAAAAAAUACUGAAGCUACAUGUGAGGUCUGAUUUCUUCAGCACAGAUUCAUAGAAUGGUUGGAGUUGGAAGGGACCUUAAAGAUCAUCUAUUUCCAGCCCCCUUGCAUGGGCAGGGACUUAGAAACAUCUUGUCUUUAUUUCCAGCACUGCUGGGUAUCUGAAGCAGCACAAGUGCUCACCCCAUUUUUAUGUCAGAAGCCUCAACAUUUUUCUAAAUAAGAAUGUUAACAUUCUGCAAAUAUUGCUGAAUUCUUGCAAGCUUUGAGGAGAUUUUGGAAAACCCUUCCAAAAUCUAGCAGCCAUGGCUUGAGAAUUUCUCCCUAGAACUAUCAGGCUUGCAAAUCCUUGAUUGUGUGCAAUUGUUGUAGCAAAAGAUGGUGCAGGCUGUUCCAUGAGCUGUGUGUCUUUAAGGAGUUUUAAGCCUUUUUAAGCCAUAGGUGGCAUUUCUUUCUCUUGGAAAAGCUUGAGAGUCCCUUAGACCCUGAACCAGUAACCUCAGAUUGAACUUGGAGGAGAAUUAGCUGCCUGAUCUGCACUUGUUUGUUCUGGGGGCUACAAAAUUCAGUCCAUGACUGACUGACUGAGCAGGCUGGAAUCAGGUGUCUGGGAAAUUCAAAUAUAUCUAGAAGGGCUUGGAGCCUGGUCUGGUGGGAGGUGUCCCUGCCUGGGCAGGGGGUUGGAACUAGAUGAUUUUUAAGGUCCCUUCAACCCAAACCAGUCUGGGAUUCUGUGAUUUUCUUACUGCUUGUGCAGCACUUCCCUGGCCAAGUGCAGGACAGCUGAGCUGUGUCUCUGUCCUCUCUAGAUGGCAACCACAAGCCACCAGUUCUUAGCAUCAACCUGGCAGCAGUGGCCACCAGUCCUCUUGGUUCAAAAUGCUCUUUUUUUUUUUCCUCUUGGGAAUCUAGCACCAGUCUCACUUCCAAAGCAAAUUGUGCCUGAGCCUCAAACCAUCUGUACUUGUGAUCCCAGAGGCAGCUGCCAUCCCUGGAAGACAAACUGCAGCUCAUCCCAGGUCCCGUAUUAACCGGGUCUUUGCAGACAGUUGGUUUUUGUGCUGUGCUGGGGCAGGACCUUAAGCUGCAAGUCAAUUCUUUCCCCAGGGAAGUAAUUGGAACAGUUCUUUUAACAGCCCUGGCGUCCACAUUGCUGCCCCUGUGAGCAGAUAACUGGGAAUGAACCCCUUCUGGUACCGAGGUGUUGGAACAAUGCGGGCGUGUAGUAAGGAACUGAACUAGAAGUAAUUUGUCUGAGUCAGACUUUUCGGAUACAUAAGUUGCACUCCCUGCCCCUCCCCCAGUGCAUUGUUUGGGGAAUGGAGUCCCCUGGCUGUGUUCCUUUUUUUUAUUAGCAUUAAAACCAAAAGAAACAAGAGAGACAGUUGGGAAGCCACCUGCAAGUCGGGCAAAUGUUUUAAGAAUCACAAAAGUGCCAUUUUCUUCCCCCUGGGCCCUGAUAGGUUUUGAAUUUUAAGGUGAACAUGGUUUUGUUUGUCUCCAUCGACUGCAUUUUACCUUGUUAUUUCAUCCUUGGCACCUGCCUGUGAGAGGCUGAGGGCCUCUGAAAAGGAGCAGAGUGUCUCAACACUUAGUUUGUCCAAAAUGAGUAUUUUUAUGGAUAAAACUGAAGCGUUCAUUUGAAAAUGAUGCUCCUUCAGAUUUGCAGCCUCUUUUGGAGGCGGUUGUAAAGGUUAAUGAAUCAAACUGAUCAAAAGUUUUCAGCAAGCCUUGAAGAGCAGGACUGACUCUACUGAUUAAUCAUUUAUUUAAUGAAGGAACAAAGCAAGCUGAGGGUUAUUUACUGCUGCUGCAUGCUGCCCUGGCAUACCCACUGUGCCCCACUUCUCUGUGGAGGACAGCUUGUUGCUGGUUCUGGCUGUCAGGGUGGCUGAAGAACCAUUUCCAGGCAAAUUGCAUUAUUUAAUAAAAGUGAAAAUGAAAUGAGGGCAUGACAUUCGGUUCAGCUGAGAUUUUACCCUGCUGUGUUUGAUCCUUUUCCCUCAAGGGGAGGGUAUUUCUGAAAGAAAAGCUUGUGCUUGGCCAAUUAGUGCCACAAGAGAAGUGGGUGCUGGGAGGUGUGAGGCUGUGGUGACAGUGUGACAAUGUGCUUGGUCCUGGUCACUGUCCCCCUGUCUGGGCAGUCCCCAGCCCUGCUCCAGCCUGGGGCAGGAGGGGAGGCUGCAGGAGAGCUUUGCUGUUGGUGCUGCCAGACCUCCUUGCCCUGGUAGAGCAGUUCAAGCUCUGCUUUAAACCAAGCUGGGUGAGGGGGGAGAAGUGCAGGGAUGACUUCUGGCUGCUGAAUUAGACAAAAACCUGGUGUCUGUGGGGACCCUUGUGACUGCACGUGAAGACCUGCAGCCAGCUGGGGGCUGGCACGGAUGGCUGGAGCUAGUGGAGCAAGCAGAACCCUGUGCAGAUGCCCUCAGAGGGGAAAGUGCUGUGCCUCCAACUCAUUUUCCCUGCAUCAGCACAAACACGACCUUUGGAUGAUCCUCCAAGCCAUGAGUUGUUUCCUGUUGGUCAGGUUGUGUUUGUCCUCCUGGACCAUGCCAACCUGAGCAGCAUGUGUGCCAUUUUCUGACACUGUGUUUGAAAUCCAGCAGAUAAGGGAGGAGAGAAAACAGGGCGUGAUGCAGUGUCAUGUCUGUCUGCCACUGUUAAUAUUUUAGGGGGGCUAAUCUUCAAUUUUCAACCUGUGUGUUCCUGCCAGAUGGUUGGAGGCGGUAACUUGGUUUUUUUUUCUUAGAAUAAUUUUCAUCUGUCUCAUUUUCUUAUGAAACUGGUGUUGAGGAGGGGGAAAAGCAAUUGAAAUGCUUUGCAGGACAAGUAUUAUUACCUUGCUUUUGGUGUAUGUAUAUUUUGUGCUGAUAAUUGCUGUGUAAUCCAGGCCCUGAUCUUCUGCCUCUGUGAAGCUGAGAACAUAAACUCAGGUAACUUGAUGAUGCUGAUCAGGAUGCUUGUAGGGAUAUCUCAGUUUGGGGUUUUAAAACCAUGCAAAAGAGGGGGCAGAGGGUUGUUGGAGCAGCCCUGUCCACUCUGAGUUGACUUCUUGUGCAGCAUCAAGCCAAGACUUCCUGCCAAACUCACUUGGAGGAUAUUUCUGUAUCAUCACUCACGGAAUCUUACAAACCCCUCCUUUCUGCAAUCAUAAUAAAAACCUGAUUUUUGCUUUUUU